AUGGUUUCGAACAACGAAAGCACUGUGACUACCAUGGUACUGAUCACCGGUUCCGUCAUAAUUCUUUCUUCAGUAGCAUUAUAUCACUUUUUAUAUCGAAGACGAGGUAUCCGCUGUGCAUUCUGUCCGUUUUCUGGUUUUACUAAAAAGAAAUUAAUAACUCUUGUGGAUCCGGAAGAAACGUAUCCUCUGACUUUAAUAAAAAAAGAAAUUGUUAACCACGAUACACGAAAAUUUCGUUUCAAGCUACCCACCAAUGAGCACAUUCUCGGUCUACCCAUUGGCCAGCACAUCCAUCUUUCAGCGAAGGUAAAUGGAAAGCUUAUUGUUCGUCCAUAUACACCAAUUUCAUCCGAUGAUGAUAAAGGAUAUGUCGAUUUGAUGGUAAAGAUUUAUUUUAAGGAUGUUCAUCCUAAAUAUCCUGUUGGUGGACAAAUGACGCAGUAUCUUGAUAAAAUGGAGAUAGGUGAAACAAUUAAUUUUCGUGGUCCCUCGGGUUUAAUCGUUUAUGAAGGGAAUGGUUGUUUUGCCGUGAGGACGACGAAAAAAGCAGAACCGAAACGUCGCCUAUAUAAAAAUGUUGGUAUGAUUGCGGGUGGUAGCGGUAUCACACCGAUGUUGCAAAUUGUCUCAGCAAUUAUGAAAGAUCCGGAAGAUUCUACCAAGGUAUCCCUGAUUUUUGCUAACAAAGAUGAAUCCGAUAUAUUGCUUAGGGAUGAAUUAGACAGAUUAGCUGCGACGCAUUCAAAGAAAUUCCGUGUGUGGUACACGAUCGAUCAGGCAAAACCUGGAUGGAUGUACUCAACAGGUUUUGUGAGUGCAGAAAUGAUCCAGAAGCAUUUACCCGGGCCUGGAAGCGAUUCUGGCACGGUAAUUUUGAUGUGUGGCCCACCGCCAAUGAUUAAGUUUGCCUGUACGCCAAGUCUUGACAAAUUAGGCUAUCCGGAAAGUGAUCGUUUAAUUUUUUAA